AUGGACGCCUACAUGAACCGCACCACCACCCAGCUGCCGCCCUACUUCGGUCGCGGCUUCGAGGAACCGCGUCACCACAUCCGCGAGUAUCUACAACGCGUCGAAAGCGGCAUGUCGGCCGAGGUCGCCAUGCAGAUGCCGUCCGGCUUCCGCGCGACGCACCACGACGCGACGUCGGCGACGACGCGCUGGGACGACCGCCAGCCGACGACGGCGGACCGACGGGGGGCGCCACUCGGCAGCGUCGUCGGCAACGAGAACGCGAACGUCGACGCGAGCAGCGACGACGACAAGACGGACGACGACGACGACGACGGCAACGGCGACGGCAACGGCGACCAGGGCGCCGACGGUCAACCCACGCUAAAAGGCAACGGCAAACAGAAGCACGUUCGUCUCGGCAUCAACGCGCGCGAGCGCCGACGCAUGCACGACCUGAACGACGCGCUCGACGAAUUACGCUCGGUGAUACCGUACGCGCAUAGUCCGUCGGUUCGCAAGCUGUCGAAGAUAGCGACCCUGCUGCUAGCGAAGAACUACAUACUCAUGCAGGCAAAUGCCAUCGAGGAGCUGAAGAGAAUGAUCGUCAGUCUGACGUCACAAGCGGCCCCGCAGAUCAUGCCUGCUGUGUAUCAGGAGGGGUUCGCCUAUCCGCGGCUGUCGGCGCCGUCGUCGGCGGCCGUCGCCGCGGCGCAGGAAAAUCUCGGCGUGAUGUCGGCGGCGACGACGACGAAGCCGCUGUCGCCGCUGCACAAGAACUGCGCCGUUGAGAAGUAG